CGAUGUAGCGAGUUGCGGAGUUGGGUCCGAAGUUGCCGCGAGGCGCCGGGACGCGACAUCGCCCCGGGAGCGGCGCCAGGUGGGCUCUGGGAUGUCCCCAGCAGGAGCAGGAAUGGCAGAGAAAUCCGACUCACGGGACUCAGAAAACAGCUGGGUGAUGGCAGGCACCGAGGGUUUGCCUGUUGAAACGAUGGGCCCAGAGCAGGAACUGGCCUCCCACACGCGGGAGGAUGAGGAGCUGGAAGAGGACAGCACCGCAGACACAGUGGCAGGCGCACGGUUAUCCCAGGGGUGGGCCGCAUCCCAGGAGUCCCCGUCAGCAGCCGGUCCUGGCCUCUCCGCAGCGGUGGCCGCCCUCAGCGGGAGUGGCGAGGCCUCCUCCCCGGGCCAGAGCCAGGGCCCGGAGGAGGGCGAGCUCGAGGACUUGGAAGAGCAUCCGGGCCCCACAGCGGGGGCAGUGCCCGUGCAGACCCCCGACAGCGCCUCCCCGGAUGGCUGCGCCCAGGAGGAGCCCGAUGCCGAGGCUGAGCCGGGACCCUGGCCUGACGCCCGCAAAGCAGAGCCGCUGGCGGAGGAGGGGAGCUGCACCAGCAGUGAUGACGAUGUGGAGGGGCUUCGGAGGCGGCAGGUCCACGAACCCCGUCCUGGGCCUGCUCCCCCUGGGCCUGCCCCACGCUGGGGGACCCAGGACGCCAACAACGAGGAUGAGUUCAACAUGAGCAAGUACCUGCUGGGCGCCUUGGCGCUGGUGGCCGUGGGGCUGCUGCUCCUCUCCGGCGGCAUCUAUGACCUGCCAGAUGGCCCCGUGGAGAGUGUGGUGACCCGGGACAUUGCAGAAGGGGAGCAGGAGUCGCCGCUGCCUGCUGAUGGCACAGACUCACCACAGAAGUCCCCAUCAGAUGCUGGGGACCCCCAGAGCAUGCAGUCCAUGAGCCUCCUCUUGGACAGACUGGCCAAGGAGAACCAGGACAUCCGGCUCAUGCAGGCUCAGCUGCAGGCGCACAAGGAAGAGCUGCAGGCGCUGCUGCGGAAGAGAGAGGGCGAGGCGGCCGUUGCCGGGGCCCAGCAGCAGAGCCUGGCAGCGGAGAACGCGCAGCUCCGCGCAGCGCUGCAGCAGGAGGCCGCCGCGCUCCGGGCGGCCCAGACUGAGCUGCAGCGCCUGCACGGUGCGGGGGCCCGGGGCAGCCCCCAGCCCCAGGCACCGGAGGCUGGGCAGCCUCAUGGCCCAGGUACGCCAGCCGGCGAUGAGCCCGCGGUACGGCAGGAGGUGGCCAGGCAGCGCAGCUUGCUGGUCUCAGUGCAGCAGGAGCUGGCAGGCGCGCUGGAGCGAGCCCGGGCCUCGGGGAACCUUGAGCGGCUCUUGGAGGAGCUGAGCGCCCUGGAGGAGCAUCUGGGCCAGGAGGUGCAGGCGGAGGGGGCUGAACCCUUCCCCAGGCACUGGAAGAAGCCGUUCAAAGCCGAUAAGAGGGAAAGUAAGCGGCAGAAGCGGCACGGCGCUGGGGAGGCCCCUCACGAGCUAGGCGAGGGGGGCGGCAGAGAGAAGAAGGAGCAAGGCAAGCCCCAUGGGCACAGGAAGGACCCCCGUCCCCCGCGGGAGCACAAGGCUGGCAAGGCCUGGGGGAAGGCGUCUCACGGGGCGCCCCAGCGUGGCCUGCGGGAGCUGCCCCCGCUGAGCCAGUACUGGGCGCCACAGGGCUGCUCGGGGGUGGCCGACUGCGCCCACAAGGAGGGCCGCGAGGUGUUGGGGGCCGCGCUGGAGCCGGUGAAGAAGGCGCAGUUCCUGCAGCUGCUGCAGGGCUUCAUGGGGCGCCUGGGCUGGGGGAGGCACUUUGCGGAGCUGGCCGUGCUGCUGGAGGGCGUCUUCGGGGCUGAUGGCACCUUCGCCCACGACCGCCUGCGCUUCGUGGACUUCGUGGAUGACGUGGAAGAGCUGCUGGAAGACCUGGCGAGGCGUGAGCAGGGCGACAAGAAGGCAGCCGAUGGCUUUGAGGAAUUUGUGCUGCGGCACUAUGCUGAGGAUAGCAGUGUCCUCAAGAAGGAGCGCCACAGGAAGGGCACCCAGCAGCACAGCAGGGCCAGUGUCACGCAGGACCAUGAAGGCCGGCCACGAGGGUAGAGCCAGGCAGGCCCCAUAGUGUGUAGGGGGCAGCUGGGCUUGUUGCAGGUAUCUGUUUAACGCACUGUGUCCUGCUCCGCGGGCCCCCAGCCUGUGUGGGGGGCAGUGGCCCCCAGUAGAGCCGUUGUUGGGGGUCAGUGGGGCUGGCUGGGCUGUGGUUGCUCCACAUGCAGUUGUACACCUCCAGCCUCGAGGCCGCACAGCUCUGGGCUCUCCCCACCCCGUCCCAGCUGGGCCGGGCGCUGUGGGCCCAGGCACUACCGCACCUUGUGUGAUGCUGCACUGCCGUAGAUGCAAUAAAGUCACCGCUGGUCAA